UCUUACUUACUGACAGAAAAUAGAAAACACAGGAUUCAAUGCAGUCCAAGAUAAGUUCCUUCUUCAAGCCAUUUUCAUCGUCUUCUUCUUCAAAAUCUGGCCAGGACCUGCCUUCGAUUUUCAAGGACGAUGACCAUGAAUUGGCGCUUUGGGAGAUUGCUGAGCACCAAUUUGUCAAUACUUACAAACGCAGAGCUCCACAAUCAAACGAAGGAAACAAAAGAGUUGAAGGCAAUGAAGGACCUGGAAGUAAUGUAUUGACAACACCCAUUUCAAAGGAUCUGUGUCUGAAACCAGAAUCGAGGAGUUCUGGGAAAGUUCUCAACAAGAAGAGAAGCUAUGCACAGUUCCAUUUGGACUUGGGUCAAUCUGAUUUCAAUUUCCGUACAUGUUCCGCAUGUGGGGUUAAAUAUGCUCCUGGGGAAGAAGAGGAUGAGAAGAACCAUAAAACAUUACACAGGAAUUACACUCACGGGGUUCAAUACAAGGGUUGCGGGAAUGAAAGGGUCGUUCAUAUGCCUUGCUCUGAGUUGGGCCGCAUUGUUUUGGUGUUAGGCAGUGACCCUCCUGCUCAGAGAAAUAAGGUACAGGAGGUUGUAAAGAUGAUGGAAAUUGAACUUGGUGGUGGAUGGAUUUUUCAUAAGCUCUGUAAGGUGUAUCUAUUUAUAUCUUCUCAGAGAGUUGCUGGUUGUUUAGUUGCUGAACCAAUAAAAGAAGCAUUCAAAGUCCUUCCUUGUUCAGUGGAUAAAAGAUCUGAUGCUACUAAAAAGGAUUCGAAAUCAGAUUCAACCACUCUUCGAUUUGGGGAAAUCAUAUUGCAGAGGGAAACCACAAAGAAAGCCCCCACUGUCAAUUCUCUUGAAGUGUUGGAUAGGAAGAGCAAUGGAGCUAUUGUCUGUGAAGAGAACGCUGUAUCCGCUAUUUGUGGCAUUAGAGCAAUCUGGGUCAGUCCCUCUAACAGAAGAAAGCGCAUUGCCGCCCAGUUACUGGAUGCUGUGAGGAAAAGUUUUUGCAUAGGUUUUACUCUGCAACAAUCUCAGAUAGCAUUCUCCCCACCAACGUCAGCAGGAAAGGCAUUGGCAUUCAGUUAUACUGGAACUGCAUCAUUCAUGGUGUACAAGCCUAAUGCUGUGGACAGUUGAAUGCCAUGAAGCUGCAAUUAUGGUGACUAGUAGUUAGGUGUUGCAGUUUUUAAUUAUAAUUUUGGUCACCAGCAGUUGGAUUUUCAAAUGAUUCACAAGCAAGCAGUAGAAAAUAAAAAUACCAAUGAUUCACCUCAACCCUUUACACAAAUGAAGCUUUUUAUAUAAAAAAAAAAAUGCGCAUAUGGAGAAUUGGUUGUCAUAAACUUUUGUAUAAUGAUGAGGAAUGAUGGUGUUGGGUCUCAUAGAAAGAUGAAAG